AACUUUUGUUAAUAAAAAUUAAAUUAUGUUAACAAAAAGUAUAAGAUUAUUCAGACAAUUUAGAUUUUGUUCAGCUUUAGAAGAAAUAACAAAAAAAUAAGCUGAAUGGUCAGCCAUAGCAAAAUAGAAAACUUAAUCGUAAUUAAUUAAUAAAUAUUAAGACAACAAGAAUUUUUAGAAUAAACAUUAUCAUAGGAUCAAAAAUAAAGAGUUAGGGCAAUAGCUGAUGCUUGUUGUGAAUUAGAUCUCUUUGAAUUGCAAUGUUUAAUGAGCUUAUUGAAUGAAAAUCACUAUAAAGCUUAAGGAAUUGGAAUCUUUGAAAUAGAUUCAAAUUGGCCUGUGAUAAAAUAAAAUGAAGUACCAACUUGGCCUCCAAAAGAAAAAGAAUAAAUUGAAGCUUACAUGAAAGACCUCUUUGGAGAGAAUAUAGUAAUAUUAAUAAUAAAUUACUUUAGCCUAAUUUUAAAGCGAUUUUUGGUGGUGUUGGAUCAAUGGGUAGUUAAAAUUAAGGAUAAGCAAGUACUACAAAAGAAGCUCCAAAAUAAGAAGAAAAGAAAACUGAAGCUGCACCAAAAGUGGAAGCAGAAGUAAUUAAAUAAAAUAAUAAAUAAAGAAAAAAAAUUAUGAUGUUGAAUUGAGUGCCAUUGAUGCAGCCUAAAAAAUAAAAAUUAUUAAAGAAGUUAGGUAUUAAAAUAAAAUCAAUAUAGAUAACUUCUCAAUUUAGGAUUAAAAGAGGCUAAGGAUUUAGUUGAGAAAUUACCAGCCAAUUUAGGAAAAUAAUUACCUAAAGAGAAAGCCAAUGAAUUAAAAGAAAAACUUACAGCCACAGGAUGUACAAUAAAUUUGAAGUGAAAACCAUUAAUAUAUAAAACACAA